AUGGGAGACUGGAACUUUCUAGGUGGAAUUUUGGAGGAGGUGCACAUCCACUCCACCAUGGUGGGUAAGAUCUGGCUGACCAUCCUGUUCAUCUUCCGCAUGCUGGUGCUAGGCGUGGCGGCAGAGGACGUGUGGAACGACGAACAGUCCGACUUCAUCUGCAACACAGAGCAGCCAGGCUGCCGCAACGUCUGCUAUGACCGCGCCUUCCCCAUCUCGCUCAUUCGCUACUGGGUGCUGCAGGUCAUCUUUGUGUCCUCUCCCUCGCUGGUCUACAUGGGCCAUGCCCUGUACCGCUUGCGCACGCUGGAGAAGGAGCGCCAGCGCAAGAAGGCGCAGCUUCGGCGUGAACUGGAGGCGGUGGAGGCGGAGCUGGCGGAGGCGCGGCGGCGGUUGGAGCGUGAGCUGCGGCAGCUGGACCAGAGGAAGCUGAACAAGGCACCGCUGCGUGGCUCGCUCCUGCGCACCUAUGUGGCGCACAUCGUCACCCGCUCUGCUGUGGAAGUGGGCUUCAUGGCCGGCCAGUACCUGCUCUAUGGCUUCCAGCUGGACCCUCUCUUCAAGUGCAAGCGUGAACCCUGCCCCAACGUGGUGGACUGCUUUGUCUCCCGGCCCACGGAGAAAUCCAUUUUCAUGGUAUUCAUGCAGUGCAUUGCCGCAGUCUCGCUUUUCCUCAACAUCUUGGAGGUCAUGCACCUCGGAUACAAGAGACUCAAGAAGGGCAUCCUGGACUACUACCCCCAUCUGAAAGAUGAGCUCGAUGACUACUAUAUCAGCAAGUCAAAGAAGAACUCAGUGGUGCCACAGACAUGUUUAGGCCCUUCCAUGGGCCAGAAGACGGCCACUCCCACUGCACCCAGUGGAUACACCCUACUGCAGCAGGUAGAAGGCCCCCACUACCCUCCGCUCAUCAACCCGUCCUCGGCUUUUGUUCCCAUCCAGGGCGACCCAGGGUGCAAGGCGACAGCAGAAUGUGCAAAAGAAGCCAAGGAGGACCCCUCGAGUCCCACAGAACACAACAGCAACUCCAACAACACCAGCAGUGAGAGCCGCUCACCACCCACAGAUUCCACCACCCCUCCAAGACAAGAGGAGCUAGGGGAACUGGAGGAGCCCACCAACCUCUCACCAUGCGCCAAAGAACAUGAGUCCUUGAGCCACAUGUACCCUACGCUGCCAGUGGACUCAUUUCAUGCCUCCUCCUGCCCUACGCUGCUAGCGGGUGGGGGGAGGAAGCCGCGACGUGUCGGAGCACCCUGGCACUGCUCCACGGUGGAAGAAGGCACCGGAUCUGAUGUUGACGCCCGCAGUGGUGAGCUUGGCAGCGCAGCAGCACGUUUCCCUGGCAGCCGCCCCAGAGCCACCUCCAAGUCGGACCGCAGGCGGCUCAGCCGACCCGAGACACCAGAUUCAAUCGAGGAGUCCAACUCCGAACAUAGGCACAGCCCGGCAAUGCUUUCACCCACCCGCAGAAUGUCCCUGACCAGUAACGCAAGCAGCAGGCAUGCCGUUGGUGACCUGCAAAUAUAA